UUGCGAAAUAAAUAGUCUGGCUGGCCUUUUUCACAAUUUCUAAAUGUUGAAUCGAGACGAUAUCUGUUGAACAUUACCAAUUUUUACAACCCUUGCAUCAAUCAAUAGAAUAGUUAGCUAGUAACGUUCGUAAACUAACUGAGGUUUGAGGUCAGUCUACUUCUCUCGAACGUCUGUUCUCAGGCCACAUACGAGUGAGUUGCAACAGUGGCAGUUCAAAAACAGCGGUUGAGGCUUGUUCUUCAAGGGCAACUAUUUAAGUUGCCAGUAUACAGUAAUUAUUGUUAGAUACCACGACAAACCAAACCAGAAAUUAUUCUGACUGGUGUCUUCAUAAAAGUGUGACUUCGAUGGAUCUCUCAGCAGUGCACCGGCAAGUCACACGCCUACAGUUCGCUGUAUCCAUAUACAAUGAUAAAGGGGGAAGAACCAUUACCUACUUGACAAGCAAACCCAGGUGAUUGUGAAAGGCACUGGAUGGAUAGCAUCGACGCUGAAGUCUUGUACCUGUCCACGGAGCAGCAUGGGCAGCCACAAUGUGAGCUUCCCCACACUGCCCUGGAGGUACCCACCAUGGGAGGGGCAAAGAAGAUGAAUGGGACCCUGGACCACCCGGACCAGCCCAACAUCGAUGCUAUCAAGAUGUUUGUUGGCCAGAUCCCACGGUCCUGGGCAGAGGAACAGCUGCGGGAGCUUUUUGAGCCUUACGGCGCCGUCUACGAAAUCAAUGUGUUGCGUGACAGGAGUCAAAACCCCCCACAGAGCAAAGGUUGUUGUUUCAUAACAUAUUACGCUCGCAAAUCAGCGUUGGAAGCACAAAAUGCCCUUCACAACAUGAAAAUUCUCCCUGGGAUGCAUCACCCCAUUCAGAUGAAGCCAGCUGACAGUGAGAAGAAUAAUGCGGUGGAAGACAGGAAGUUGUUCAUAGGGAUGAUAUCGAAAAAGUGUAAUGAGAAUGACAUCAGACUUAUGUUCUCGCCGUACGGACAGAUCGAGGAAUGUAGAAUACUACGUGGGCCGGAUGGACUGAGCCGUGGUUGUGCGUUUAUCACUUUUACAGCAAGACAGAUGGCACAGUCAACAAUCAAAUCCAUGCACCAAUCACAAACUAUGGAGGGCUGUUCGUCUCCCAUCGUAGUGAAGUUCGCCGACACGCAGAAGGACAAGGAGCAGAAGCGCAUCGCCCAGCAGCUUCAGCAGCAGAUGCAGCAGCUCAACGCUGCCUCAAUGUGGGGGAAUCUGACCGGGCUCAACUCUCUGGGUCCACAGUAUCUGGCACUUUAUUUACAGCUCCUCCAGCAGUCUGCCACCUCUGGGAAUACCCUCAACAACCUUCACCCCAUGUCUGGUAUGUCAGGGCUGAAUGCCAUGCAGAACUUGGCUGCUCUGGCAGCGGCGGCCAGCGCCACACAGGCCACGCAAACGGGCAGCAGCGCUCUCACCACCUCUAGCAGUCCCCUCAGCGUGCUCACCAGCUCAGGUACGGGUACUGGACAGCAGGCACACUCAUCAUGGGACACCUACAAGGCAGGAUCGUCACCCACCUCCUGUAACAACAACUCAGUGAACCCCAUGGCCUCUUUAGGGGCGCUGCAGUCGUUGGCCGCAGGGGCUGGAGCCGGCCUCAACAUGGGCUCACUUGCAGAGCUCCUGUGUCUAGGAAUGGCAGCCCUGAACGGUGGUCUAGGCAGCGGGGGCAUGUCGAACGGAACUGUUAGCACCAUGGAAGCCCUUACCCAGGCCUACUCCGGGAUCCAGCAGUACGCUGCUGCUGCCCUCCCCAGCCUCUACAACCAGAGCCUGCUCUCCCAACAGAGUGUCAGUGCUGCAGGGAGCCAGAAGGAAGGCCCUGAGGGAGCCAACUUGUUCAUCUACCACCUCCCCCAGGAGUUUGGAGACCAGGACCUGCUCCAGAUGUUCAUGCCCUUUGGCAACGUUAUUUCCGCUAAGGUUUUCAUUGACAAGCAGACCAACCUCAGCAAGUGUUUUGGCUUUGUGAGUUACGACAAUCCAGUCUCAUCUCAGGCCGCCAUUCAGUCGAUGAACGGUUUCCAAAUUGGUAUGAAGCGACUAAAGGUGCAGCUGAAGCGAUCCAAAAAUGACAGCAAGCCAUACUGAGUGAUUUAUCUCUCAAUUGGACUUGGCUAGGAAAUGUUUUUUUCUGGUAAGUGGAGUGCGUGAAAUAAGAAACUAAAACCCUGCCGCAGACCCCUACCCUCUCCUCAUUCUUUCCUCUCCCUUUACGCAUGACAAGAUGACCACUUUGCUGGGGUCACUCCUUUUUAUUCUCUGUAUUAACAAACGCAAGCAGAAAACCCCCAAAAAACAUGCAAAAUGAUAAGUAUAUUUUGCUCAACUGAAACUGGAUACUUACAUUCUGUUUUGGUUUUGAAGUAGUUUGUUUUUAAACAUAAUUGUAUUUUUUAAGUUAAGGUGGUCAUUCGUUUGCUGUUAAGUCAUAAUGAUGUUGCACAAUGACAGCCAGUUGCCAAAAUAUCCCCUUAAUUUUUUACUCCUGCUCCCACCACCACCUAAUCCUGCCCCGUGCCCCCUGACCCCACUUCAAAUGAAUCCCAUCAUAACCAAACCAUCCCCGUGGUUGCAUUCGUAAACUGAUACAGUACAUUAGGACACUGAGUGUCAUACGGAGCCUUCCAGAAAACUGCCCUUUUGAAAUGAGGAUGGACAGACCAUACACCGGAUAAUGGCAAGAAAACAAUAGCUGUUUGCCAAAUGAAAUGAUCAAUUAUCUACAUGUCCGCAAGAUCUGACUUCACUCCAGCAGACGAGACCUUUUCUUUUUUCUUUUGUAUAAGUUGCCUGAAGUCUAUUUUGUGAUGCUGUACCAGGAAUACAAUGCAUACAGUAGGCUUUUACUUAUUAUUUAUAUUUUUGUUUGUUUGUUUAUUUAUUCAACAACCAACAAGAAGCUUGAAUUUCUUUCCUCAACAUUUGUAUUUUGGCGAAAAAAUAUACUUUUUUACAACUCUGAAUUAAUUGAUUUGUAAGACGUCAGCAGUAUUGUCUUGGAUGGUUUUGUGAGAUAUUUAACUUGGCAACCUCUUGAUUUGUCUCAAGACAAUGUCACAACGCCACACCCUUGCUUCAGGCAUGUAGUGUCGUUUAUCUGAAAUACUUCACCCUUUUUUUCAAUUGGAUAUGCGAGAAUAUGGGGUCCUGCAUCAUUGAACAGAUAUUGUGCUGAAUGUAUGUGAAGGGAGGUAUAAUUGGGUCCUACUUUACGGUUUAAUGAACACAGCCACUAUGGUGUCAUCUGGCUUAAGUAAUUUUAUUCCCCACCUGUCAGAUGUGUACAUUUGGCCUUCUGUCUAAUGCUGCCCUUCACAGGACUUUUAAGCGGGAAUAACUUAGUCUCUAUUCUGCCAUGAUCUUUAACUUCAAACGAGCAUUCCGCCCCAUUUUAGAAUAUUCACAUUCAAUCUCUUUCCUUUCUGUUUUUAGCUGUCAGUUCAAGUAGAUCAUCAGUCCUACUUCUAACACUAAAUGGAAUACCACUUGGCAUUUUAGGCUUGCAGCAAUAGUGAGUGUUCUGGAAAAGAUGUUCAAAAAAGUGCAACAUCGGGCCCUUUCGAAGUGAACAUUUUGUCAGAUUCAUCCUAAAUUAUCCAAUCGUCUCGACUGAUGCGAAAAUAAUGCUCUAAGUAGAUAUUAUAAUAUAUUUUAUUGUUAUUUAUCCUCUGUGUUAACCCAAAUGUUUUGUAAUUAUUCGUCAUCCGCAGUUUAAGUAGUCUGCUCUACCUCUGAGCUGGUUAGAUGAGACUACUCACUCAAAAUACUGGCUUCCCUGCAGAUUUUUAUUCCAGUGUUGUGUAUUUAUUAUUGACUAAAAACGCUAGCGUUUCAUGAUUGGCCACGUUAAAUACAUGUUUAUCACUACAACAAACACAGUAAUCCGUUUCUUAGACUUCCAUUAACUUAUGAAGUGUUUUUAUGGAAAUGAAAAUAAACAAUUGUCCAGAUGUAUAUUGCAAAACUAUUAUGCCUUUUCUAUUUUUAUAGGGGUUUUAUACUUCUCCGGAGUGUCGGAAACUAUUUAUUGCCUACAUUAUUUCUCUGAAUUUAAAUGAUCAUUUUCAAGAAUCUUCAACAGUAUUUUGUAGAAUCCUAAUGUGACGUUGGUUACUACAUUUAAAUAUGUGAGGGUUAAACUACUGACCUGUGUUGCCCUAUUCAAGUGUUUCUUAAUGUGCAACAGGUGGCAAUUUUGUAAAGAACUGUCAAUGAGUAGGAUUUGCCAGUGCUGCUAAAUAUUUUGAAACAGUAGUCUCCUUACAUUUUAAGAAUAGAUGUGUGCCUAUUUAACUAUUAUUUCCAUGUGUAUAACAAUACCAACUGAGAAAAUAGGCGUAAGCAGGGUUAAGUCGAGGGUAUUUGCUGCCAUUAAAAUAAGUCCAAAGACUGAAUCUCAACUGAUGGGUGCACAGAGUUGUUCAUAGUUGUUGUAUAUGAACUAUCACUGUAAACUUUGCUGUACAUCUCAUACAUUUGUUUUGUAUGAAAGGCAUAAUUUUGAGUAAGCGUACAGAAGACGAAUCUUAAGAAUAGCAGCAGAUUAUGGUCGAGAGAACAUGAGAAGAUGCCAAACACUCACAGAAAGCUGUUUUGUUCACAAAGUGAAACAGACUAAUGUAGUCUUAACGUUUUAUAGCUUAAACUUUUUUACUAAUUUGUUAUAUCUAAUGUCUGAAGUUUGUUUGCGCUGUCUUUACUUACCCUUUCUGUAUUGUAUUGACAAACUGCCUCUUAUUUAAAAAGAAGUUACCUCCUUGCCACAUACUGUACUUCACUGUUUUGCUGUGGAUGUAAGUUAGCUGCAUUGCAUAUGAUGGAAUUAUGAACAGAUAAAGCACAAAACCAAAAGAGAAAUGUCAGUUGAGAUUAGGUGACAAUCAGCUCUCAUAGAUCAUUCUAUCAAAGCACACUUCAUCUACUAUUGCUGGCUCAUAACCCAGGUGACUCAUUACAAGCAAUGAAUAUCAAAAAAUUGCAAUUUUUACAAUCAGUAAGGAAAUUAUAAUGGCACAUUGGGACAGAUGGCAUUAAACCCCUUGGGAGAAUUAUUUUCUGAAAUUGGAAUACUACUGAUAAUUUAUUUAUUUUCCUUUUUAUUUUUGACUAAUAUAUUAAAAAUCCUCAAACGUAAUAUUAAGUCACAAAUGUUGACUGUACAGUAGUAGGCAGUCAGUGUGGUGCUCUCGGUGUUGUGUCCUGUAAGUUCUCACCUCAAUUCUCUGUUCGCAUGUUGCUUGUGUGCCCCCUCCGUCCUCUCACCCUUUCACCUCUUCUGUCUCACAUUAAAUGUUCUGUGUUUAGAUUGUGUAUCUGGUAGUGACCCCCUUCCCCAUGCAAAGAUAAUCAUUCAUGAUUUUCUUUUUUCUUCCCUCUCCUUUUUCCGUUGUUGCUUUAACCUAGGUUUGUCUCCCUGUUUUGUUUUAUUCUAGAUAUCUUCGUGCCCGUUUGUUCAUCGUUUGCCUAGCAUGUUGAUGUGACGUCAAAAGUUCAUCGUCCAGUUCGUUGUCCUCUGCACUUCUCUGAAGUGGGGGGGGUUCCUGUGUUUCUCUCUUGUCUUUUGUGCUGCCAGUAGGGUGCGCUAGAAAGACUGCCAAGAAAAUCUAUGUAUAAAGCUACAUGAGUAUUGUUACAAGCAAAAAAGAUAAUCUAUUUUUCUAGAAUUUACUGACAUAACCACUCGAUUUUUCCAAAUCUGUUUAAUUUUGUUUUGUUUAAUUUUACCUUGAUAGUUAACGCAUUUCUUUUUUCCAUUACGUUUUGAGCGGUCUUCCUAGCGCCCCCAACCUUUGUUUUUGUUUUUUGUCUGAAAACAACCAAUCAAUUUAUAGAAACGACUUCUGUGUUUGGGUGUUUCUUCUCUUGUAAGUUAUAGACUUUUUUUAGGAUGUCUUUUGUCACAUUUUGCUGAACUGGGGAUGACUUUGUAAUUUUGUGCUAGGCUAGUUGGCAUGAUGGUAAUUUUUGGGGAGUUUCUUUUGAGUGACAACGAUAUACACUUGAAUCACCGUUUUUGUCUUUCAGUGUGUGAAGUCAUCACAGGCACAUACUGUUUUAAUUUCCUUUUGUGUGGAAAUCAUCCUUAGUCUGAAUAAUAAAAUAUGCAGAAUUUCUUUUCUUUUCACAGUUAAAUAUAUAUUUAGCAUGCACGUUUUUUGUAACUGCACUGAAAUCCUCAGCAAAAUGUGAUUGAGUUUUGUUUAUAGAAUAAUCAAAUUAUGAAUAAACUAGUGCCAAACGAU